AUGUGUAUUGAAGAGUUUAGGAAUGAUGUUAAAAGGAGAUUUAACAUAGCUAUUCCUAAUGGGAGGUUGUAUAGAGCUAAGGCACAUUCAUUGCAGUUGCUAAGAGGUACUGUGCAGGGUCACUAUAACAAGUUGAGAAGUUAUAUUCUUGAGUUGAUGAGGGUGGAUAGGGGAGGUAGAUUUGAACUGUUGUGUGGUGAUGGUAGUAUAUUUCAGGGGUUAUACAUUGGGUUUUCUGCAUUGAAGAGGGGUUUUUUAGAGGGGUGUAGACCAAUUAUUGGUCUUGACGGGUGUUUCUUGAAAACACACUUAGGGGGGCAACUGUUAUGUGCCAUAGGGAAGGAUGGCAAUAACCAGAUGUACCCAAUAGCUUGGGCCGUAGUAGAGGUGGAAAAUGAGGCUUGUUGGAGGUGGUUUUUAGGUAUAUUGCUCGAAGAGCUUGGAAUCCAUGAUGGGAAUGGUUUUACACUGAUUUCUGAUCAGCAAAAGGGGCUAACAAAUGCUGUCAAGGAGUUGGCUCCAUUGGCAGAGCACAGAAAUUGUGCUCGCCAUGUCUACAUGAACUGGAAAAAGCAGUUCAAAGGUGUUGCAUUGAAGAACCUAUUCUGGCAAGCAGUGAGGGCCACAUACGUAGAGGAAUGGGAUGCAGUCAUGGAGACUCUCAAAACUGAAAAUAUGAUGGCAUAUGAUGAUCUGCUGAACAGAGAUCCUACCAGGUUUUGUAAGGCUUUCUUUUCAACUUGCUGUGUGAGUGACAUGAUGGAUAAUAAUGUGUCAGAAACGUUUAAUGGGUAUAUUCUGAGUGCUAGGGGAAAACAUAUCAUCCAUAUGUUAGAGGACAUUAGAAGUGGGCUGAGGGAAAGACAAUAUAAGAAGUUUCAACAUGUUAUGACUGUCACUGAUAUACUUACACCAGCUGUUAGGAAGAAACUUGAGAAGCUUAAAUCACUAGCAAGGUAUUGUACUUCUCACCCUGGGCUAGGAGGAAAGUUUGAAGUGUCAAACAAAGAUGACAUGUUUAUUGUCUCUCUUCCUGAGAAGACUUGCAGUUGUAGAGGUUGGGAGAUAACUGGUAUACCUUGUGUGCAUGCUGUUUCUGCUAUCAACUUUAUGAAGGAGGAUCCAGCCGUUUAUGUGCAUAACUAUUUGAGCACAGAGACUUAUUUGAGGGCAUACUCCUUCCCACUUGAGCCAAUCAAUGGUGAGAGGUUGUGGCCAAAGGCUGAGGGAUAUCCAGUUCAACCCCCACAGGUGAGGAUCAUGCCCGGCAGACCAAAGAAGAAGAGAAUAAGAGACACAGAUGAGAAGGACCCUAAACAACCUUCAAGCCUGAGAAAGACUGGUUGUAAGAUGACAUGCCAACGGUGUUUACAAGAGGGUCAUAAUUCCAGAGGAUGUAUGAAUGAUGAAGUACAGAAACCUGAUGGUGAGAAGAGGAAGCCUGGACGCCCUCGAAAGUACCCAAUCCCUGAACCAACAGAAGCAACAAUCCCAACAAACCCUACUGAUACAACAGAGGCUACUACAAGAGGAAGGGGCAGAGGCAGGCCCAAGGGAAGUGGCAGUGGCAGGGGUAAAGGUAGGGCUAGGGAUAUUGCAAUGGAGAGGCAAGAGGCAAGCAAAGGAAUAGGACUUUACUGUGGAGAGCAAACAGGCAAUUCAUAUAUUGCAUCUGGGAGUGGACUGCAGCAAAUCCCAAGGGGAGAAGAGAUCUGCCUGACGGGCCCCACACAAGAAUCUCAAUCCAAUCCUUGA